CUCUCAUAGAAUUUUUGGUAUACUUACAUUUCCUUGAAAAUUAAGAAAGAAGUAAUGGCUGCUGAAAAGGGAUGUGUGUGUGUGACAGGAGCUUCAGGAUUCAUUGGUUCAUGGCUUACCAUGCAGCUGCUUCAGCAAGGCUACUCAGUUAAUGCCACUGUCCGUGAUCCAAAGAACAUGACAAAGGUGAAGCACUUAUUGAAGCUGCCUGGAGCAGAUGAAAGGUUAAGACUUUACAAGGCUGAUUUGUCUGAUGAAGGAAGCUUUGAUGAAGCCAUUAAUGGCUGUGUUGGUGUCUUCCAUGUUGCCACACCUAUGGAUCUCCAAGUUAAGGAUCAUGAGAAUGAGUUGAUUAAGCCAACCAUUGAAGGAGUAGUGAAUUUGCUGAAGUCUUGCCUCAAGGCAAAGACUGUGAAGAAGGUUGUGUACACUUCCACUGCAGGCACUGUCAACAUGCAACCAAUCAGAAAGUCUGUUUAUGAUGAAACUUCAUGGACUGAUACUGAGUUCUGCAAGACUGUCAAGAUGACUGCUUGGACUUAUUUUUAUGCGAAGACGAUAGCAGAAAAAACCGCUUUCGAAUUCGCCGAGAACAAUGGCUUAGAUCUUAUUAGUGUUAUUCCUACGCUUGUUAAUGGACCAUUCCUCAUGUCUACUAUGCCUCCAAGCAUGCUUACAGCACUUGCAUUGAUAACAAGGAAUGUGCCAUUUUACUACAUACUAAAUCCUAUACAAUUUGUUCAUUUGGAUGAUUUAUGCCGUGCGCAUGUGUUCUUAUUUGAGCAUCCUGAGGCAAAAGGAAGAUAUAUUUGCUCUUCUCAUGAUGUUACCAUAACUGAACUUGCUGACUUACUAAGAAAAAAAUAUCCAGAAUACGAAAUUCCUAUUGAAUUCGAAGGCAUUGAUAAAGUUAAUGAUGUUAUAAAAUUUUCAUCGAAGAAACUUAUGGACUUGGGGUUCGAGUUUAAGUACAGUUUGGAGGAUAUGUACGAUGGAGUUUUCCAAAGUUGUAAGGAGAAGGGAUUGCUCCCACCUCUACCAAAGAAAAUCUAGUAAUAUAGAAAAAUAUGAAGCAAUAUAUAAUAGGAGGCAUGGGAUGACUAGAAAUAUCACAAUUCACAAAUUUUCGUAUUAUUGUUUGUAACUUGAUGAUUUUCUUAAUAUACUUUUUAAAAUAUUUGUGAGUGAA